CACCUCAGAAAGGUUAAUAGCCGCAGUCGUGUCUGCGUCGUUCAGCAGCACAGCCAAUGAUAUCUCGCCUCUUUGAAUGAAAUUUGCCGCCAUUUUGUUUCGCGCCAGAAAGCCAAGUUUACGUCCUCGCAAUGUCUCUGAAGCCGAGACAAGUUGAUUUUGAGUCGACAUGGGCGACACUGAAGCAGACCUGCGAGUCUGUGACACGUCUGCGCAAAGUGAAAAGAGAUGAGUGGAACGACCGCUUCUCUGACGUCUAUGCUCUCUGUGUUGCGUUCCCGGAUCCUCUGACAGACAGGCUGUAUGAGUCUGUGAAGAAGUUUCUAGAGAGUCAUGUCGUUGAGCUGCGAGACAUUGUUGAAGCAGCGAAUGAAAAUCUUCUUUACGCAUAUCAUCACCAAUGGACAGAAUUCAGUCAAGGAGCAUCGUACCUCAAUUAUUUGUUUAGAUAUUUGAACAGUCAGUAUGGUGACAAAAGUGGAAACAGCAGUUGGAUGGAAAUGACUCCGUAUUCAUUUGGAAUUGAAUUUCAAGAACGACCACUAGAGAUUGGACCACUUGCAUUGAAUAUGUGGCGUCAUGAAAUGAUAGAGAGCAUGAAGGAAACGUUGGUUUCGUCUAUUAUUAAACAGAUCAGAAGAGAUCGUAAUGGAGAGAUGGGUAAACAGGAUGUUCUUCAAGGAGUCAUUGACUCAUUUGUACGAGUUGAGGAGUACCAACUAAAACAGGCUCUUAGUCUAAAGUUCUAUCAAGAAGCAUUCGAGGCCCCUCUCUUGUCUGAGACAGGAGACUAUUAUAGAAGAGAAGCGUCUAAUCUGCUGGCAGAGAAUACAUGCUCAGAAUACAUGCAAAAGGUUUGUGUAAGACUACAAGAAGAGCAACUUCGUGUGAGAAAGUUCCUUCACCACAGCUCAUUUGCAAAGGUCACUCGUGAGACGGAAGCUCGACUGGUUGAGGAUCAGCUUGACAUCUUACAAGGAGAAUGUCGCAUUAUGGUCAAAGACGAGAAGAAAGAAGAUUUGUCUCGGAUGUAUCAACUACUGAAGCCGAUUCCUCAUGGUUUGAAGGUGAUGCUGACGGAAAUUGAAAGUCACAUUAGAGAGGUGGGACUUGAAGCUGUUCGAACUAUUGCAACUGAUAAGAAUCCAGGAGACUACGUUGAGACUCUUCUCACUUUACACACCAAGUUUGCAAAAAUGGUUGAGAGUACGUUCAGCAAUGACAAACUAUUUGUGGAAGCAUUAGACAAGGGUUGCUCAGCUGUAGUCAAUUACACAGAAAAUCCUAAACAAACAGCAAAAUCGGCAGAACUGCUGGCUCGAUAUUGUGAUCAACUACUAAAGAAAGGCGGCAAGAAUGCCGGAGAACAAGAAAUAGAAGACAGUCUAGGCAAAGUGAUCGUAGUAUUUCGCUACGUAGAAGACAAGGACAUCUUUCAAAAGUUCUACUCAAAGAUGCUGGCAAAGAGACUAAUCCACGGUAUGUCUGUAUCAAGUGAAGCCGAAGAGGGAAUGAUAGCAAAGCUAAAACAAAUGUGUGGGUUUGAAUACACAAGUAAACUGCAUCGAAUGUUUACUGACAUGACGGUCAGUGACUCGUUGAACUACGAGUUUUCUGACUUUAUGAGAGGAAAGACGAUGCUAGGAUUGAACUUUGUAGUUCAGAUAUUACAGUCUGGAGCGUGGCCACUUGGUCAAGCCAAUGCAUCUCCCUUUACUAUUCCACAAGAGUUAUCAAGAAGCAUCUCAACAUUUGAGUCGUUUUACAACACAAAGUUUAAUGGUCGGAAGUUGGUGUGGCUGCAUCAUUUAUGCAAUGGUGAGUUGCGUUUAAAUUAUCUAAAGAAGCCGUACACAGUGACAGUAACUAGUUACCAAAUGGGCGUCCUUCUUAUGUUUAAUCAUAUCGAGUCGUGUUCGUUCAGUGAAAUGAGUGCACACACUCAGUUGUCUGAGAAGGAAAUGAAACGAACAUUGCAGUCGUUGGUCGAUGUGAAGCUAGUCAAUCAAACUGGAACGGAUCAAAUCACACCAGAAACGACCUUCACUGUCAACAACCACUUCUCAAACAAACGAACAAAACUGAAAAUAACAGCCGCAGUACAACGAGAAACAACUCAGGAAGUCGCACAGACACACAGUGCCAUCGAUGAGGACAGAAAGUUGUACCUUCAAGCGGCCGUAGUUCGAAUAAUGAAGUCUAGGAAGGCACUCAAGCACAAUUUACUAAUUCAAGAAGUUAUUGCUCAAGCAAGAGCGAGAUUCUCACCUAGCAUUGCUCUUAUCAAGAAGUGCAUCGAAGCUCUCAUUGACAAACAAUACUUAGAGAGGAGAGAAGACUCUAAGGAUGAGUAUCAUUACUUAGCCUAGCAUUCGACGUACUGUUUGUUUGUACAGUAAAUUGCCUUUCUUGUCAUACUUCUUGAUACAUCUAUUUAGAGCAGUGAAAUGCAUCAAUUUUUGGUUGACCAAUGGAUGAAGUAUUGCGCUUUGUGUGUGUAUUUUUAAAAAUAAAAUUUGGUGUGUAGCACGUGAUG